AUGUAAACAGAACCUCUUGUUUUGUUGUUGUAAGACAAUCAACAGGUCAUGCAUGCCUCUCGAAGGGGUACGAAUUUGAAACAUUAGUAUUGCAGUAAAUUAUUGAGCAACAUGUCUAUGGAAGAUCCGUUUUUCGUCGUCAAAUGGUAAGUAGCUAAGGCUUAAUCAGCCUGCCAGCUUCAACCGUGUAAUGUUAGCUAGCUAGCUAGCUAUCUUGUUUGCCAUCAAGCCUGGCUUUAGCAAGGAUGGCUAACGGUAGCUAGCUAACUAGUUUGGAACAAAGGGGAUUUGUUGAAGCUAUCCGUCUAGCAAAUUGCAUUCGUGAUUGACAGCUGAUUGUCACAAUGAUGAGAGGCAUAUGAUAGAAUUUUGUGUUUUUAUGGCGUUUGUCUUAACGGGUUGGAUAUACAGCUAACAUUGUAGCUAUAGCUAGCAUGUUUAGCAAACGGGUAGCUCGCUGUCGCAGUCUUGGGUUUCUUUACAACGUUUAAUUUGUUAGCUAAUGUAUGAUUUUUUUAAAGACAGACAGCUAUGGCAAAGAUUCUUCUUUACAGUUUGUGACUAGCUAUAUCAGUUGACGUAUUAAUGAUAUUGUAUGUGUGGUUAUGUUAAUAUGCCACUGUGACUGUAACGUUAUGUCUUGCCGGCUACCUCUUUGUUAUACACAGUAUUGCAUUUAUAUGUGCUAUAACUAGAUAGAUAGCUAGAUAUAUGUACUUUAUUAUUGUCUCUCUUAAUCUCCAGUGAGGUCCAGAAGGCAGUGAACACUGCCCAAGGGCUGUACCAGAGAUGGAGCGAGCUGCUACAGGAUCCCAGUGGUACUUCCAAGGAGGAGGUGGACUGGACCACCAAUGAGUUGAGAAACAGUCUGCGGUCCAUCGAAUGGGACCUGGAGGAUCUCGAUGAGACCAUCAAUAUCCUUCCAACAUAAAAUGACCAUUAGUUUAACUUGGUUUAUCAAAACAAAUACAGUACUUCCUCCAAUUGUAGUUGAUUUCAGUCUUCAUAGAGAAUAAAAUAUUUGUUCUACUCCACUUGAUUGUCAUGUCUUUGGUGCAUGUUAGUGUUGAAUAGGCUAUUCCUUAACAGUGAAUGCAAGUAUUGUUGAAUCAAACCCUAAGAAGUUCAAUCUGGACGCAGUGGAGCUAACCAAACGGAAAGGCUUCAUCACAAGCACUAGACAAACUGUUAAGGUGAGUCAGGCCCGAGGCACACAGGCUUGAAUGGAAUCCGGUUGAACUUGUAGUAACCAUCACACAAAAAUAUGACCGCAAGCAGCAGUAACACUAACAAAAAUAAUAGGGUUCCUGCACCUUCUGUGCUAGGACCCCUAAUUAGAGGUGUUGUGUUUUAUAAUAGCCAUUAUCAGCCAAUGGCCAACGCAUAGUGUAUACCUUUAUUAUUACAUUUACAUUUUAGUAGACACUCUUAUCCAGAGCGACUUACAGUUAGUGAGUGCAUACAUUAUUUUAUUUUUUUCAUACUGGCCCCCCGUCGGAAUCGAACCCACAUCCCUGGCGUUGCAAACAGCAGGCUCUACCAACUGAGCUACAUCCCUGCCGGCCAUUCCCUCCCCUACCCUGGACGACGCUGGGCCAAUUGUGCGCCGCCCCAUGGGUCGCGGCCGGCUACGACAGAGCCUGGAUUCGAACCAGGAUCUCUAGUGGCACAACUAGCACUGCGAUGCCACUCGCCAUCUGUAUUAAUUUCACUGCUGUGUUUUGCUGUUUUCUAUUUCAGGAAAUGAAAGACCACAUGUCCAGUCCAACGGCCUUAGCCAUGUCAGACAAGAAAAACAGACAGGUGUGUAGCUCUGUAUAACUAUUGGACUAAGAUCUUAAUGAACUAUUUGCAUGUAAUGGUGCAGUAUGACGCAAUGCACUUCUCAAAUGUGUAGCAAAUUUUAAAGCAGCAGGUUGCGUACUGGUUUGCCGGAUCGUUGACACUGCAAACAUCCUCAAUUAGCAUUGGUCAGAGAAUAAGAGCUAUUCGUAUUGGCUGGAUCCUUGCAAAGAAGACUCCUCCUCACCAUUGACUCCUCCUCACCAUUGCAGCGACCAUACUUCAGCAGAUCUCAUAUGUAAUAAUUUCUACUCCACUUCUCCACCAGGCUCUGUUAGGGGACAGUGGGUCUCAAGGCCCAAUCUGGCAACCAGGACCUGACAAAUACACCCGUCUGGACCAAGAGCUACGGACGGCCAACUCCUUGUUCAUUGAUGAGCAGCAAACUCAGCAGCAGGUAUAGUUAAUAGAAAUGUGUCUCACUCAUUCUUAUGAGCUUGAGAUCGACUAUUGCUGAUUUCUGUACUUACUAUGUGCUGGAUUUUACAUUGUUUUGGCAAAGGAAUCAUUUUAUUUAUAUUUUUCCUCAUCAGUUGCUUUGUGUGAAAUGAAUACGGUGACAUAAGUAAUCGGCAUUGACCUGUGUGUGUGUGUUUGUGUGCGUGUGUUUGCGUGCGUGUGUGUGUUUGCGUGUGUGUGUGUCAGCUUAUGGCAGAGCAGCAGGAUGAGCAGCUGGAGCUGGUGUCUGGGACCAUCGGAGUGCUGAAGAACAUGUCUGAGAGGAUUGGUAUGGAGCUGGACGAACAGACAGUGUACGUCCACAGCAACAUUCAUCAAUAACAUAAUUACUAGGGUUUCAGGUCUGCACAGAUAAUCAGGUGCUGUAUGUAUCAAGCGUCUCCAACUAGGAGUGCUGAUUUUAAAGAUGGAAUCCGCAGUAGGGGAAACGGCGUCACUGUCCGCCCCACUGCCAUUGUUUUGUUUUUGUUUUAUUGACAGCAUGGGUGAGGCAUGGGUGAGGAGCAUUGCGCAACAUGGGAAAAAACAGUGUUUGUCAUUUGCAGUAACUAAUAUCGCAAACGGAUGUGGCAGUUUCACCACUAAGGAUUCCAGCUUUAUGAUCAGUUUUGACUUUUAGAUUAUAAUGAAUAAUAUUAUAUGCAGAGGGGCGACCUGAUCCUAGAUCAGCACUCCAACUCUGAGACGCUUUGUGGAUACAGGUAUAUAUCUUUCCUGGUAUCUAGAAUGCAGCGUCUCUUCUCUCUUGCAGGAUGCUGGAUGACUUCUCCAAUGAGAUGGAAGGUACCCACUCCAGACUAGACAACGUCAUGAAGAAGCUGGCCAAGGUCUCCAACAUGACCACCGGUGAGUAAUACAACAGGCUCUUUAUUCACCACCUUUCUACCUUGGGGAAGAAUACACUUCAAAGUUCAGAAGCCAUCUCCAUUACCUCAAAUUAUCAAAGUCUGCAACUUACAGAGGUUACUGAGGUAGCAGUAAGGUAUUAUUGUAAAUGUCUUUUGAUGUUCUUUAAUAUGCCCAGGUCACUGAUGUAUGGAUGGUCAUUAAAGAUGAUAUAUGCUUUACUUGAGAGUGGAGGCUUCCUUUUGAAGGGAACGUCUGUGCCAGACGACCUGGAGUCAUAACGGGUCACAGCUGGAGAGGAAGGAAAAGUACCCCCCACACCCCAACAAAUGGUGGCACCUCCUUAUAAGGAAACACCCUCAGGAAGCUUUCAACAGGAAGAACUCAGGAGACAGGGAGUCAAAUGAAAUCUGGUCCUUUUUUGUCCGGAUAUCCUGUCGGGACUUUCCCCCCCAUCCCCUAUACAAUGUGCCUGCCGGUACUUUCCCCCGGCCCCUAGACAAUGUGCUUAGGGUUUUAUAUUUGUACUAUAUUGUAUUAUAUCAAGUUUUCUUUGCAACAUGCCACUCAAAUUGCAACUUUAAAAGAUGAUUGUUUCAGGUUGAAAGACAUGGUAGCCUUCAUAGAACAUGAAUUCCUUGUAAUUUUAUUUAUUUGGACCUUUCAUGCCUUAAUAUGUCUGAAAUAAUUGUCUUAUUAUUAUUUUACAUAAAAAAAAAAAAAAAGAUAAAUUGCUCCUCCCGUUGUUUGUUACAGUUUACCUUCCUCUCUCUCUCUCUCUCUCUCUCUCUCCCUUCUCUUGCAGACCGCCGACAGUGGUGUGCUAUUGGCAUUCUACUGGCCAUUCUGCUUGUUGUCAUCAUACUCUUCUUGAUCCUAUGA